AUGAAUUCCCUAAUUAGAUCGUUGGGACAAUCUUUGAGAGUUUCUAAUAAGAUCAUUCAUAAUUUUACCAGGAAUAUUGCAAUUGCACCGGCUAGUCGUUCACUAUGGUAUACCACUGGAAAUGUGCAUGCUUUGAAACCAAUCAACACACGGUUUUCACAUUCAUCAAGUCAGUAUAUUAUUAGUAAAACUUAUUUUAGAAUAUUUUUACUUAUUUUUAUAUAAAAUAUAUUCAAUACUUUAUUUUAGUUGAAAAAGAACUGCAACAAUUUUUGGAAAAAGAAAUUAAAACUGAAGAACAGACAUCUGAUAAAACUAAACUACCUACAAUAUUUGAAGGGUUUAAAUUAUCUGCUGAUGGGGCAGAAGUUGAAUUGGUGAAGGAAAUCUCAGGCGAAACGUAAUAUUUAAUAUGUAUUAUUAUAUUUAUAUAUUGAUAUAGCUUUAUAAAAACUUUAAAAAUUACUAACUAACUAAAAAUUGUACAACAUAAAAAUUAAUUUUUAAAUGGAGUUUAUAAGAUAAUCGACUAAUUGUCGUCAGUUAUCAGCUAUAAACUCAGUUUAAGAAUCAGAUAAAUGCUUUUUUUUACAUUGGUGAAAAUGGCCCUUAAUCUGUUCACAUUAAUACUGAAUUAAACAAUCAUAAAUAACACUGAUAAUUAGGGUUCAAGACGAAUUGAAUUUGCAUGUAUUUUGUAAUGUUCGUGUUAAAAUAGUUAAUAAAGAAUAAAUUUCAUCUUUACUUUCAAAAUGAAAUACUAGAUCUUUUUUUAUUGAAACACUAUGCUGUAUGUUGUGGUAAACUGGACCUGCGUUCCAGUCCUUUCCAGUUUAUUUAAAGCACUGUGGGACUAUUAAGUUUAAACUUAUUACCUACUAACAAAAAAUAAAUAUACUACCGUUAAUUAAAAAGAAAGAUUUUAAAAUAAAAAGUUAUACAUUUGUACUUUUUCAAUGUUAAAAUAAAAAAAAAUAUUUAAAAAAAUAACCAACUGUAUAUUUUUGUAUACAAUUUUCCUCUAAUAGUAAUGUUAAUGCACACUAUAUUUUAUUUUAUUUUUACAAAAUCAUACUAAAAAUGUUACUUUAUUUUUGCUAUAACUUGUCGACAAUAAAAUACCAAAAAAUAUGUGUGUAAACAAGCUAAAUAAAAACUUAGCCAUUAAUCUGUUGAGAUGUAUUUGAUCCGAACAACAUCUUCUUUCUUAUUAUACUAUUGAAAAUAUUACUGCUGUAAUAGCAGUAAUAACAAUUUUAGGAUGGUUUUUAUAUUACUGCUCUAUGAAUGCCUAUAAUUAAUUAAUACCUACUAAGCCACCCUUUCAAUGUUAACCAAAUAUUAAAUACUAGUGAGCCACUAGGAAUAUAUUAGGUUAUAUUGAUAUACAUUUCUUCUUAAAAGAAGAUACCAGUAUAAAAUAAAGAAAUUUGUGAUACAGUUUCAUAAUUAAUGCUAUCAUUUUUUUACCCACUUCAAGAAAAGUCUAAUAUUUUGUACUGAUAUAAUUCUUUCUUUUUUUUUUUAUUAUUCCCGUUGUAAUUGGCCCCUAUUUCAUAUCUUUAUCAGAUAAUCAUAACAUUAACGAUUAUGAUAAUUUCUAAUUUUUUCUUUAUUUAUGUUUUUGUAUUUUUGUUUCUUUUUACCAAAUAUUAUAAUAGUAAGAUUAUAACUAACUUAUGUGUUUGUUUUUAUUAGUGAGCCUUGAAACGUUUUUAUUUUUAAAUUAUCCAUUACUACAGAACUAUAAAAAUAAAUCCUUACUGUUUUAUAAUAAUAUUAUAGUAAAAGUACAUUUUAAUUUUUAACUUUGGUUUUCACUAAUUAAUAGUUAGUCAAUUACAAUCAAAAUUAGGUAAAAACUACUAUGAACUGUGGGCUAUUAAUAUUUUAUACUAAGAAGUUGACCAUAUUUGUUAAUAUACCAGUUUAAAUCAAUUCAUUGUGCCAAUAUAAACCAUAAGAUACCGGUAUUAUUAUUUACGUGUAAGUAAAUAAAUUUCUAACUAUAUACAUGGAAUAAAAAUCAAUAUUCAAAAUAAUAUAACUGAUACCAAUUGGUAAUCAAAUUAUAAUAUAUCUAUUAUAAUAUUAUGUUAUGUUUUAUUAUCUUUUCUAGACAUUACUAUUAUAAUUUACAAUAAUAAUUGCCUGUUUUCUGCACACAGUAUAUUUUUAGCAGUUAAAUAUGUACUUUUAUAUUAUAAUUAUUUAUUUUCAGUUUUAAUUUUUACCAAAUAGUAUAAUAAGUAUUUAUAUUUUCUUUUAGUAUUGCCAUCAAAUUUAACAUCAACCAUUCAGUAUCUGAAGAAGAAACUGAAGGAUCAGAAAAAGUCAUAUUAAGAUCUAAACCAGAUUUUGAAAUAGAUAUAACAAGAAAUGGUGUUAUUCUUGGUUUUAACUGUUCAUAUGUCAGCCAGUUUGACGAUACAGAAUUAGACGAAUCAAAUGGUAAUAAUGGAGGCAAAUAUUAGUGUUCAAAAUAUUAUAGCCUAUAAUAUUAUUUUACAGAUGAUGUAUUUCACAUUGAUGAAGUAACUAUUUAUAAAAACAACUUUUCUGACAACAAGUAUGCCUUAGCUGGAGAUACAUUGGAUGCCGUAAGUUAAAUAAUAAUAAACAUAUAAUAAUAUUAUGCAUAAAUAUGUAUUAUAUUAUUUAGAUUUGUAACGUUUUGUUCUAUUUUAUAGGAUCUUUAUGAUUUGAUGAUGACAUUCCUUGGAGAAAAAGGUGUAACCAAUGAAUUUGUUGAAAGCCUUUCAGAUUUAAGUACACAGUAUGAACAAAAAGUUUAUGUUAAAUUCCUAAAUGACCUGAAACAAUUCUUUUAAGUCAUAAUAUUAAUUUAAUUACCAAUGUAUAUUAUUUUAGUCUCGUGUAAUUGAAUUCAAAUUAUGUAACUUCACUUUAAGUUUUGUUUUCUUAGUAUAAUUUUAAUUAUUUUUUUUUCUAACUUAAUAAAUGUUGGAUUAUCAUCUUAGGUAUUUCUAUAUUUGAUAUAUAUUUUUUAUUCUUUCAAUGAUUACCUAUUAUGACCUCUUUUAAUGUUUUUAUCCGAGGAGCUCAGAUAGUUACAUAAUAUUUAACAUCAAUAAGUUAUGCUACUGUAAAAGAUACAAGAAAUUAGUCAGCAUAAACUGGUUUGCUUUACUGAUCCCGAUUAAGGAUUGUUGUUCGGUGUAAAAAUAAACUGAUUUAGAUAAAAAUUUGUGGUACUAAACAGUUUACCCCUCUGUUAUUCUUAUUACUUAUCAGUUAUCACACAACAUUGGUUCUGCUUAUCAUAUUAUUGCUGUUUAAAUUUUAAAUUUGUUUUUAAAUAUAAAAAAAAAUGGAUAAUAACAUUAAAAUUGUCAUGUUAAAAAAUUAUAUUCUAUAUACAUAUUUAUAACAUGAAAUAAUAAAAGGAAAGUCGGAUUUGGGUUAUGACAGAUCAGAUCAGUAUUUUUCGACCACCUCGCUACUGCAAUCAAAGAAAACUAAAUCAGUGUGUCUACUUUUAACCUGUUAAGUUCACCAAAUUUCUUAAAAGUACACAUGUUUACAUUUUAUGGGGAAAUCUAAACCAGUUUACUCUGUUGAAUUUCUUGAUAUGUUUUAUACAAAUUAUUUAAAAAUAAAAUAGUUUUUGUCUAGUGUACUAAUAUUACUCAAAACAAAUACUCAAUAUUUAAAAUUAUUUUUAUAUUCAUUGAUACUUAUGCAACUCAAGUGUGACAAUUACUUUAAGUCUAUUCGAUUUCUAUCAUUACAGUAAAAAUAGCAUAUUACCAUAGGUUAAAUAAUAGUAUUAUUUAAUUUAUGAUAUUUUACAUGCUAAGCAUUGUGCUAUGUAGUAAUGAAUUAAUAUCUAGAUGUGCAAUUUUAUUUUAGUAUACAUGUACAAUAAUCACGACUAAAGACAAAAUUCUUGUUUAAUUACAUGUUUUUAUUAUGUGUUCCAAAACCUUUAGAAACAAGUUAUAAAUUAUCAUGUGAAAUAGAUUAAUUUAAAUAGGAUUUUAUUGUUCGAAAAAUUGCAUGUUUCAGGAAUUUUGCAUUACAAUGCACAAAUUCGUAUUCUUUUCGAUUUUUAUUUUUAUUUUUCAUAUUAGUCCAUUAUUACAGGUAUUAUACACAUACUAUUAAUUGUAAUCUGUGUCACCUUAUCAUUUUCACUGGUAUUUUAUAUCUAAAAAUAAUAAUAUGGUAUAAUAGAGAUGAUAUAUGGGUGGCUAUAAUAUAUACCAUGGUCUUAGAAUAUAUAUACCAUAGAUUAGUAGGUGCAGUCUAUCCCUCACAACUUUAGUUAAUAUUUUUACUUUUUGCCAAAUAUCAAAUAUUUUAAUUUGAAAUAUGGAUAAUAGGUCGCAUUCAUUUUUUUUAAAUUAAAUGCUCGAUUGAAAAAUACCCUGAACUUAAAUCACAUAGUCAAAUGAUUUUUUGCUCGUGAAAUAAAUCCAUUUGUUGUUAAAAAAUAUAUCCUGCUAUUAUAAGUUGCUACAAAUAAUAUCCAAUAACAAAUGUUAAUGUUGAGCGUGUGGUUUCACAACUAAAACACGUAUUAAGUGACAGAAGACACUAUUUCAAAGAAAAAAGACUUGAAAACUUACAUGAUAAUGAAUUUUAAUAAAAUGUAAAUCAGAUGAAAUUUAUUUAUUUAUUUAUUUUACUUUCAUCAAAAUAUGUUGAAUAAAUAUUACAAUUGUAUAAACAUACUUAAUAUACCAAUAUAACUAUUGAUACCUAAUUCCUGCAAGUUAUGCUUGAGGUGAGAUUAAGGAAUCUAAUAUAUAACUAAUUAGUAUUAAAUUGUCAAAUUAUGAUGGUAGUACAUCUAAUACAUAAAAUUGUACUUAUUUAACAUAAUAUAUGAUCUACACUUAACACUAAGAGAAAAAAAUUGAUUUAAUUUGAAAUAGUUGAAUAGUUAUUAUAUAAGAUGAAAAAUAAUAGGACUACUAGUGGAAUAGAUUUGCAUACCAAUUUUUUUUUAUUUCCAAUUAUUAUUAAUUUGUUUAAUUUCGUAUGGCAAUUCAUUAAAUAGAUUUAUUCCUCUGUAUACAUAAAAUAUUUUAGUUAAGGUCAUAUUGGGCUUAAAUAAUUUAAGUUUACCAUUGUUCAUAUUUCAAGUAUAUUUAGUAUUAAAUUAUUCUUAUUAUGUGAUUCAAAUUGAUUUUUCAUCAUGUAUAUUUUAGUAGUAUAUAUUUUAUUAUAUAAUUGAUUAAUAGUUAAUAUCAUUAAUUUGUUUAUCUUUAUAUAUAUCAUGGAAAGUACCCUUUUUUAAAGCUUAAGUUUGCUGAAUAAGUAAUAGGUUAAAUUAUAUAUUCUGCUAUUUGUACCAGUAAUCAAUAAAUCAGAUAAAAUUCCAUCAAACCCAGGUGAUAUACCUUUCGUAGUUUUUUAGUUAGAUAUUUCAUUUACUCCAUAUUCAGUAAAAUGUAUAAAAUCAAGUUCAUAUUGCAAUCUAAAUAUUUUGGUUCUUUGUAUUUAAUUAUGUUGGUUUAUUAUGAUAUUUUAUCUUUUUGAAUUAAUUUUUUUAUUAUAAUAUUAUUUUACUUACAUUUAUAAAGUGAUUAUUAAAAGCAUUUGUAGAUAAUUUUUUGUCAGUGUUUAUACAUUAAUUACACUGUUUAACUAAGAACUAAUUAGUUUUUUAUUAGAAAUGAUUUCGGAGGGCUAUAAAUUAUUAUUUUAAUUCUUUGGUUAAUAUUUCCAGUGUUGUUUUUAAUUUUAAUUUUAUAAUAUUAAUUUUUAGCCAGUCUUAUUAGUAAGCAUAAUUUAUUUUUAAAUUGUUUAUAAUAAGUACCUAUUAUAAACAUGUAAUCUAAUGUAAGUUUUCUUUUUUAAUACUAUUUUACCUAACUUAUUUCUAGUUCUAAUUGAUUUUACUAAGCCUAUCCAUGGUUUAAUAUUCGUGUUCUAUUUGAUUCGAUCAAUUAAGUAUUUAUUUAAUAUUUUAUUUAAAUUGUUUGCACAUUUAUUAACAUCAGAUUCAUUCAAAACCGUAAACCAAUUUUGUUUUGUUAAAAAUGAAAUUAAUAAACUUUUGUUAAUUAUAGGUUAAUUAAAGAUUUAAAUAUGUCUAAUACAUCAAAAAUGUAGUUUUGCACAUUUCAGCAUUUUAAUAGCAUGUUUUUCAAGUGCUACACAAAGAUCCGGUCUUUAAUCAUGACGAAUACACUUUUCAUUUACUUGAUUAUUUGUAUUCUAAAAGAAAGUCAAACUUGGUGUAAAGAAAAAUAAUAUUAGCACAAUUCCACAAGUAAAUUGUUUUAGUAGUUUAUCUAUCUCUAUUGUUAUGAUAUUAAAAAUGUUGUUUAUGAUUAUAUUACUCACUUGUGCUUGACUAUCCAAUUAUUGUUAUUCAAAUAAUAAUAAAAUUAACUACCCAUGUUAUCUAUAUUAAACAAAGAAUAUUUUGGUUAUAGAUUGAUUUCUUUUAUUUUUAUGACAUUAAGAAUAAUUUAGUGGUGCUUGAAUGUAUUAUUUAUUACUUUACCAUCAAUGUACUAUUGUACUCAUAAAACAUUGUUGGUUAACUAUUCAACUAGUUAUUAUACAAAUUAUAGUUUGCAUUUCUAAAAUAUUUACAUAGUAAGUAAAAGCUGUUAAUAGUUGUAUAAAAAUAUGUUUUUUUUUUCUAAAGAAAUGUUUCAUAGUCCAAUUACAGGGCUAUUAAAAUGCACAUGUAAUUUAACUUCAUUGGAACCCAAUUUAAAUUAAACCAUAAAAAUAAUAUUUGAAAUGUUGUUGUCAAUUGUUUACAUAAAAUUUAAAAAAAGACGUCCAUUGCUUACGAAAAAACGAUUCUGAGCAGAAUUCAGUUGAUAGUGAUGCUUUGUCAACAAUAUGUAUGUCAUUUUACAGUAUAAUAAUUAAAUAUGUUUUUAUAUUUUCUUUAAUAAUAUUUGUUUAAUAUUGUAUUCAAUUUUCCUACGUUUUUCCCAGUUUUUCUGUUUUAUUCCGGUUUUUCAAAUUUGGUGGGAAAACUUCUGAGAAAAUCGAAAAAAAUGACAUCUUUUAAGUAACUCACCAGUGAAAUUUACUUUCAGUUUUUGAAUGUAGUUUGUUAAUUUCUUUAAAUUGUAUAAUAAUCAAAUACUAACUUGUGGUGUAGAUACCCAAGAUACCUAUAACCAUUGGUUAUAAAAUAGUAUUAUAACAUUUACUAUUUAUAUACCUACCUUCUUAUUUAUUAAACUACUAGUACAUACACGAUUUAUAAACUACAAUAAUUUUUAACAAGAUGUAUUAACUCUUUUAAUAUAUUUCAAUUUUUUUUUUAAUAUAGGUAAUAAAAAGUUAUUAUAACAUUUAAAUUGUGGAACUAGUUGAUAUAAUAAAUAAGAAGGUAGGUAUAUAAAAUGUGUAUACCUACCUAAUUUAAUAGUAAAUAUUAUAAUACUACUAUUUAUAAUCAAUGGUUAUAAAGAUAAACCUAACCUAACCUAUAAAGGUACCUAUUUUGGGUAGGUACUGGAAGAGUUGCAUAUACAUAGUUGCAUGUACUGUCAAAUUUUAAAAUUAAUGUUCUAUACAAUAUUUUUUAGAAAAUUAAUAAAACCCCUUAAAUAUAUGUUAUCUUGCGUUUUACAGUCUCUUUUAACAAAAUUGAUAUCCUCCUUGUGUAAAAAAUAGGAAUGUUUUCUAUGUAGGUUAGGUUAGGUAACCUACCAAUUCUUCAUUUUGGUUUUAAAUUUAUUUAGUAUUAAUUUUUCGCCCUUGCUGUUUUAUUCCCUAAUUAUAAUUUUUUAAAUUAGAAUUAGUCUUAUUUACACACAACCUUCACACUACUCCAAACUUUGAUUAGUUUUUUCUUUGUGUAUUGAUUUAUUUAUUUAUAUUUUAGAUUCUGAGUGGAACGAGAAAUGUAUUGAUUUUACAAUGGUGUUUAUAUUUGUUUUUUCAUGUGAACACUUUUUCUGACAUAAACCAUAAUCCGAUUAUCAAGUAUAACAUUUUCAUUUUCUGGAAAUGUUAGUUAAGACGAUAUACCAAAGAUGUAGAGGUUGAACUACGUUUUUUUUUGCUCAACUCCAAAAAUAUAUGGCCUUCAAAAUUUGUUUUCAAAUUAUCCGACUCCCUCAGAAACUAAUUGCUGACCCUGAUUUACACCAUAUCAAUUUUACAUAUAGGGGAGACCGGGAUACAGUGAGGAAUUUUUUUAAAUUUUUUUUGUAUCAUUGAAAAUAUUAAUUUUAUUGAUAUGUUCUAUGUAUGUUUUGGUUUAUCAUUUAUAGGCCUAAUGAAAAUAACACGAUUUAAGAUAGUAUCUUAAAUCGUGUAAAAUAAUAAAAUGAUUUUUAUCAUAACUUAAAUACUUUUACUGUUAUCAUCAAAAAUGUAAAUUGUAAAAUGUUGUCGCACUGCACCCCAACCCCGUACACAGUGAUAAUACAAAUCGAUAUGCAAUAGUAUGUGCAUAAGUAUACCUACUUACCCAAUUUACUUAGAUACUUUAAAAAUUAAUGUUUAUACACUCUAAAGUAUUUAGAUAAUAUAACUGAACUUAGUUAUAAGUUACAUUAUGAACACUUAAUUAUUUACUAAGAACUUUUCAAUACAUUUUAGAUUCUGAGUGGAGAGAAGAAACGUAUGGUUUUACAAGGAUGGUAUUAUUAAUUUUUUUUUUCUAUGUAUAAAUUUUCUACCAGAAAAGUUGCUCCAAUUUUUAAGUGUAGCACUUUUUCUAAAAGAAAAUUGGCGUAGGGAGGUACUUUAGGGAGGUCAUUUUCAAUUUUCCCGGAGUUUUCUCAAUAAAUGUGAAAAACAGAUAAAAACCACGAGAAAUCUGGAAAAACCAUAAGAGAAAGGGAAAAUUGAUACACUAUACAAAUAUUAUUUUACCAUAAUAUGAAAAUAUAUACAUCGUUAAAAAAAUAUUACUAUCAACUGAAUUCUGCUCAGAAUCAUUUUUCCGUUAGCAAUGGUUUAUCGUUGCUUACAGGUAUAUUUUAAAUUACCUAUAACAGUGGCUGCACCCAACCUCGUUAUCCUAGGGCAGCUUUUUUGUUACUAAACGUAAACUUCCUGUUCUUUGUAAGGCAUUCACUUUUGAAGUUUUGUAUUCAAAGUGUAAUCGAUCGCAUUAAAUUGGUUUAAAACACGUUUGGCCACGAAAUCACGACCUCAAACGACAUCACCCGUGAAUUUCAGAUUGGCAAGUAUAUGUGUACCUUGAUAAAUAAUAUCAACUAAUUUAUGCAUAUUUUUAACGAUAAUUUAUAGAAACUAUGUAAUAAUAACGACCAGUCGUACCACUAGUACCAAUAGACAUUUAAUAUUAAUGUCUGGUAAGUAGAAUUAUUCACUUCGCGCUCCUCAACACUGUAGUCAUAUAUUUACUCGUAUUACAUUUUCACUGCAGAUUGAAAAUAGUGAAUAUAUAAUAUUAUAAUGUAACUACUUUAACCAAUCGUUUUCGGUUAAUAUUUUAGGAAACAUUUUUGAAUUCGUACGUAAGUGAAUUUCAUAGGGUAGCUAUUACCACGAUAAUAUAUUAAAUGCUUAAAUAAUAUAUUAAAAGAUACAGGUUUUUUUUAUUAUCGAUUUUAUGAUUUUUCAAAAAAAUUUUAAAUAAAUCGGUUUCAAAUAAAUUCAUGUUUGAAACUAGUUUUUAAACCCCGUAUUCUACAUUUUCAAAAACUGCAGUAGAUACCUAUAUAAUACGACAGUAAAUAGUAAGUAUAGUAACUUAUUAGUAUAAUACAUAGAGGUAUUUGGCAAAAGAUGAGCAUGCGAAGUAAAAUGAGACAACCACUACGUAAUUCCUCCCCAACCAGGUUUGAUUGAUGAUAUUAUUAUUAUUUAUUUAUUUGUGAUAAAAUCUUGUUUGAAUAUUUUAUGACUGCAUGUUAGAAUUUAGUGAUAACUGAUUGAUAUAAGUCGUAUUCAUUAUUUUUCGGUUUUUUCUUACAGCAGCCAGCAGGUAAUUUCGUCAAAAUGUUUUCACUAUUUUGAAAUAUGAAUAAUUAAUUAAUUCUAAUUGAAUACUGUUCUAACAAUAUAUUUGUGCACUUCUGUAGUUUAGUUUUUUGUAAUAUUAUUAAAAUAUAUUGAUUAGAUAGGUAUCUAUGUAUUUAAUAGGAUAGGUUCAAUUGAACACCAUUAGUUCUUGAGGAAUGUUAUAGCAAAGUUCAUAUGGGUAUGAUGGAACUAAGUACAUAAGUGUACCUAUAUAAUUAUUAAUUAUUAUAAAAAAAAAGAUAAGUAAACUUAAAAAUAUUUAAAUGUAUAUAAAAUUACUAUUUACUAUAGGUUGAUACCUAUAUACUUGAUGUACAACCGAAUUAUAUUCUUAGCAAACAUAUUUAAAAUGUUUAUUAGAGAAACAUAAAUUAUAAGACCGUUUGACGUUGUUCGUUCAUGUUAAUAAUAUAGGUAGGUAUCAUUAAUCUUUUCUGUCUAUCAAGGAUGCACUUAUGUGGUAUUUACAACUGUAUAGACUUGAGUAAAUAUUUUAAUUCUUAUUUCAUCAGCUAUAAUGAAUGACGUCCAAUGAGCGGUAUAAGUAACACAAUUAGGUAGGUAUUUUGAAUUAAACAACCAUAAGAGAGCCUAUCCAAAAAAUAAAUAAAAAUAAACUUGACCAUGAAAAUAUAAACUAUAGAGUUUCGCAAAUUAAUCAUAAUAUACGUACAUUAUGUAAUAUUUAAUAACAUUUAUUACGAAUUAACAAUUUUUUUUUUUUUAUGCAAUUCUUAGGUAUAUUAACUUGCUUAACGAAGACAAAAUGGAAACCCUGGUUUUCUAAUAAAUCAAAAAAUGACUACACAAUUUGACCAAAUGUACCAACUAAAUAAUUAUGAUACCAGAAACAGCACCGGGUCGAGUGUUAAUAUUUUUGUUUUAUUGAGGGGGGGGGGUAGAGGAGCAAAACCAUUUUCAACGAUCAAAUCUAAUAUAUAUAUAUAUUAUAUAAAUAAAAGAAAAAAAAUUAAUCUACUAGAGUUUUUUUUGGGUGGGGGGGGUAGAUGGGUAAACGGAUCCACCAUUGAUACCACACGUAAAACUUAUUUUCGGGAUAUGUUACUCUACUUGUAUAUAGACGGACACUAAAAAAAAUGCACAUUUUUUAUAUAAAUAGUUACAUUUAAUUUUUAAACUGAUAUAGGUAUCAGUUGUUUUGAAACUGUGUGCCACGGCUGUUGUUUGGUGGACUGCGACGUUUCUCUUUUGAAAUAAAAUUAAUAAAUUGACAGUUUGCAAAAAGAAAAUAAGAAUGAUAUUACCUUAGAUAACUAUCGAAUUUAAUUAUUAAUUUAGUUUUGUAAAAACAAUUUUUCAGGGUAAAAAAUCUCAAAUGCGGCAGUGAGACUAAGUGUAGAUUAAUUGUAUCUUCUAUUAUUAAAUGUUCAAACAUUUCGUGUAAUGAAUCAAAUAAUAUUAAAUGGUAUAUAAGUAUACAAUUAUAAUAUAUUAUUAUAGGUAGGUACCUGCCUAUAUGAUACAUGUAUAUUAUAAUAUAUUCUCACAAGGACAUCAUUAUAAUUUAACGAGUCAUUUUAUCCGAAUGUUACUAAUGGGAAAAAUAACAAAUUAACCAAAAUGAGAUGGGGUUCUAUAUUUACGUUUAAAUAUCAAACAGCAAAUCCUCUGACCAAUGACCGUGGUGAAUACAUUAAUGAACACUGUGGUUACAUUGCGGGCAAUGCAAAAGUACUAAAUGUUGAAUGUAAUGAAGGUUAGAAUUAAUUGGAAAUUAUCAAAUGAUUCACUACAUUGCCAUGGUCAAGGGAGACACGGGGCCCCAUUGACCGUAUUUUGUAAAUAUUUUUAUUAUAAUCAUCUCAUGUUUAGGUUACUUUAGCCUUUAUUUUUUUUCUUCUAAUAUUUGUUCUACCUGCUCAAAUCAAAAACCGACAACAGAGCUUUUUGUAACAAAUUUUUAUCAAAUAAUUUUUUUAUUUUUCUGGUAGUUGCCUUCAUAAUUAGGGAAAAAAAUAACAGAAAAACGGGAAAAUUUACGAAUUAAAAUUUUUUGUUAUUUUCGAAUUAGUUUUUUCAUAGUAAUUCAGUUAUAAAUAAUCAUAGAGACUUGACAUUUUUACUGAAUACUUAUUAGCCCCUUAUAGACGUAUCUAGAAAAAAAUUUCAAAAUUGUUGAGCAGUUUAAAGUUAUUUGAAAUUGUAUAGUUUUGUCUGUCAGUUUUGUUGGUUUUUAUGUGGAUACAAUUUUUUGGACUUGUAAAAAUGCUCGAAAAUUUGAUACAAGGUUCAUCAAAAUGUGUUGUUUUUAUGAUACUAUAAAAACAUCGAAAAACCGUAUUUUUUUUUUUUUAAAUAAGCAUUUAUAAUGUUCGAAUUUUGAUAAAAAUCUUUCCUAUUUUUCUGGAUACAAAUUGUUUGAUUCUAUAUAAAUGAUAAAACAUUUGCAACCAAAAACAUGUAUAAUUGCAAUUUAUUUUGUAAUAAGGUACAAUUUUCAAAUCAAAUCAUAAUUAACUGAACUUCACUCAGAAUCUUUUUUCGUUAGCAAUGAUUUAUCGUCGCAUACAUAUAAUAUAAAUUAAGUCACCUAUACAUAUUUUAUCUAACUUCCUAACUUCCCAUCUAUAACAGUUGCAACCUAUUUAUAGACUAUGAGUAAUAAAUAUAUUUUGUAUUUGUUCCCCGCCAAUUGAGGAAUCCUAGUUAUGACACUAAUUCACUAUAAUAAAAACAAAAUCGUUGGCUUAAGCUAUAAUUAUUUUUAAUUUAAAAACAAUGACAAAAAAAUUUGUUGUAAGAUAUUCUAAGCUGUUUGAGUUUUAUUAAAACAUAAGUUUUCAUAAUUAUUAAAUGUAUUAUAAAAUUCUCCGUAGCAAAUAAUCAAAUUGUCAUAUAAAAAAAUUUUAAUAUUUUUUUGAAAAUGACAUUAAAUAUGUACAUAAAUGCAUUCAGUUAGUUUUGGGUAUUAGUCGUUAGAUGAUUAUUAAUUAUUGUAUUUAACAAAAAUACUGUUUAUAUUUAUACUUAAAUCUAUUUAAUAUUAAAAUCUGAGAUAGGACUUAUAGACUAGUGUUCGUAAUGUAGUCCUGUAAGUAAGUACCUAGGUAUAUGCGUAUCGUUAAUAACUAUCGUCCAAAUAUGAAAUCUAUUCGGACCGCUUAAAACUGUUCAUGAAAUUAAAUAUGAACAUCACAUAAUUCACAUUCGUGUCGAAUGUGAACCAAUAAUAAAAGUGUUUUUAAAGAAAACAUGAUAACAAUUUAAUAUUUUAAAACUACUAAAACGUUCUAUAGUACGUGUUUUUCUAUAAAAUUCUAAAAAAUCUAAAUUUAAAUUGAAGGUUAUACUAUAUAUUUAUAUGCGUAUGAAAUAUGCUAUACAAUCGUUAAUAUUUGAAACCUAUAGAGGUAUCGUGACUAGUCAUAAAAAUAACUAAUUGGAAAAAACUAGUUUAAAAAAAAAAUAAAAAUGUUUAAAUGUUCAAACAGGUUUUUAUUGUUUCAUAUAGGUACGUUUUUGUUAUAUCUCCAUAAAGAUAUUGAUUCAAUUGUAUGGUGGUUUAUACAUACAGAUAUCACGAAAAAUAUAAAACCUACAUCACGAGGGUAGUACCAGUAAAAACCGCAAGGAGAGCCGAUUCAAAUUUUAUUUUAUUAUAAUAAAUACCAUAUAUAUUUGAAAAUUUAAUACAAGGUACAUUAUAAGUUGUACUUAGUGGUCUAAAACAUAAAUUUAACGUAUUAGUCUUUUUCUCAUAAGCGUUUUAAGAUCAAAUUUUUACGAAAAUCCCCCUUCCCACUUUGCAAGCCAAAUAGUUCAGGAGCGUAGUCAGGAAUUUCCAAACGGGGAUAUUAUGAAAAAAUGCAAAUUCUUUUUCAUUAUCACGAGGUAUUUAUCAAUUUAACACUUAAGAGGACGUAUUUCGAUAUAACAAUAAUUUAUCAUUUUGCAAGACAACUUAAAUGUGUUAUUAGUUUUAAUAUUAAAGUGAAUUGACUUAUUAUUAUUAAACUUAAAGAUAAAAACAUUAUCUGUACAACAUUAGUGCUAUUUUUUCGACAUUUUAAUUUUUAUGCGAACUUUUUUUAUAAGUAUUAUUAAAUUGUGAUAUUUCACAUACCUACUCAUACGUCAUACCUCGUUUGCUAAUUAAAAUAGAGAAAAAAUAUCGCUAGCGUUACAGAGAUAAUAUUCUUGUCUUUAAGUUUGAAUAAUGAAAAUAAGUUUAUAAUAAUUUACUUUGAUAUUAAAAUUAACAGCACAAUAUUGUCACAGCUGAAUGCAAAUUUGCUAUGUCGUAAGUACGUUUGUAAAACUGAAACAAUACAUACGGAUACAGAUCACGCCUACUUCAGAAAAUACAACAAGAUUGAUAACAAUAUAUUUGUAUCUUUCUUAUAAUAUAUAAGAGAAAACCGUAAUCAAUUCUAUCAAUACCUGUGGUUAACAAAUAACUAUAAACCGCUGUCAUAGUUCGUGGCAUCAAUAAUUUUUUACAUUAUAAUUGUUUUUAUCAUAGAAAAAUUGUAAUGUGUAAACAUAGUUAUAAAUGGCCUCAUUGUAAAAUAAUUUAUCUUUUAUCAUUUUAUUAUAAUUAUUCCCAUAUACAUGUAUUAUAUUUUAUCUGUAAUAAAUAAACAUUGUCAAUGGAGGAGGGGCUGCUACACCUACAAUAACCCUCUCGAUACACUAAAACAUUUUACCUCCUUAAGAGGACAUCACACUGACAUCUACUGUCUCCGUCUUACAAAUGCGUGACAUAGAAAAUAUGAGUUUAGUAAGACAAAUUUGGUGCCGUUAAUUUUAAUAUUAGAGCUAAUUUAUUUAUUUUUAUUUGGUAGGGACACUUUAGAUAAAAAUAUUAGAUUAAACAAAAAUGAUUGAAAAUUUGAUUAUCAUGAAAUUUUAUUAUAAGUCUUACUUAUAAAUAAUAGUGGUAAAAAAAAAAUUGAAUGUAAUGUUGUAUUUUUUUUAAAAAAAGUUUAAUAUCAAAUUUUAACGAAAAUCGUAAAUAUUGCGACCUUUCAAAAUAUGUACAACCGAACUUCGUUCGGAAUUGUUUUCCUUUGUUUACAGGUAUAAAUGAAAUAACUUUAUUUAUACCACCUUCCCAUCAACUACCCAUCAAAAAUACUAACUGCACCCGUUCUCAAUAUAAGCUCUUUCGUUUUUUAGAUUCGGAGCGUAGCGAGUUUGGUUUUACUAUAAUGUGGGCUUCUUAAUUUUUUUUUUCUGCCGGUAAAUAACUUAUCGAAAAUAAAUCUCGCUCCGAUGUAUAGUGUAUAGAACAUUUUCUGAAAGGAAAUUUUAUCUAGUUAGUGCAUUAGAGAGAUCAUUUUUUUAAUUUUUCGAGGGAUUUUCAAAAUAAUUGGGAAAAACCCUAAAGAAAAUUAUAGGUAAAACGGCAAAUAAUUACGGCUCGUCGCGGCAUUAUCGUUUUCAUUAUUUUUCAUUUUUGAAAACUAAUAAAUUUAUGCCAGUAGCUUUCCUUUAAACUUACUAAAUUUGUACGGCUUGUCUUUACGACAAUAGAGAUUUUUUUUGUUAUAUUUUUAAAAUAGUUGGUGUGCAAAAAAAGUAGUUUUUUGAUUUUCUCUAUAGUUUUAUUAAUAAUUAGGGAAACCGGAAAAAAUUUAAAAUGAAAACUGUCAAAUUUACGGCGUUACGAUUUCAUUAUUUUAAAUUUUUACGCUUUCCGUUUUCUACCAGAAAUAUGGCUUCAAUCGAAAAAUGAUUAUAUUGAUUAGAUAUUGAUUUUGAUAAAUAUUCCUAUUUAUAAAUAUUUAUAUUACUUUUAAUAAAUAGCAAUGGACAGAGAAAGCCAUUUUUUGAUAUCUAAAGUGGUUUUCAUAAUAAUUGAGAAAAACCAAAAAAGACAAAAUAUAUGAUUUUUUUUUCAAAUUGCGGCGCAUCGAAUUCAUUAUCAAACAUUUUUAAGAUUAUAUUUUUCUACCAGAAAUCUUAUUUCUAAAAUUUCAAGAAUAGCAUAUUUUAUGAAAUAAAAUUUUGUCUCGUUCAUGAAUAAAAAAGUUUUUAUUUGAUUUUUCGUAUUUUUUCUAAUAAUAAUUACGAAAAAUCGGGAAAAAAUGUAGGAAAUACGGCAAUUGGGUUUUUUGUUGUAUUAGGUUAAAAAUAUUGUACACCAGAAGUUUUUACAAAAUACCUAUAUUGGCCUUUUGUAGACGAGAUCAAAUUUUUAAAACAUUCUAGCCAUUUUUAGGGUAUUUAUAGAUAUUUCAUGUUCAUAUGUUUUACAUUUAUUUUUAUUUGGUAGUUAUCUGUUAUUUAAACUAUACGACUUAAGAGAAAUGUUUGAAAAUUUAACACAAGGUAUAUUAUAAGUCGUACUAAGCGGUCUAAAAAUAAAUUUGAGUUUAAUGCAUUAGUUUUUUUUCAUAAAUGUUAUUUGAAAUCAUUAAAACAUUAAAAAAUUACGAAAUUAUUUGUCUUACCGAACUCUGCUCCGAACCGUUUUUCGUUAGCAAUGGUUUAUUUUUGCGUAUACAGACAUAAACGCCCAUAGGAAUUUUAUCAGGGAGAGGCACAAUAAAAUCAAAAACCAAAAAGUACCUAAAAUAAAAUAAUAUUAAUUAAUUAUUACAAUUAUAUUUGAAAUGUUGAAGUCCAGGGGGGCAUGCAGAUCUUUGGCUUGCCUUCUCUCCGGGCACCCAUGUAUACAUAUAUAAAUUAAACAACAUUAUGUAUCUUACCUUCCCAAAUUCCCAUCUAUACAACACUGGCUGCACCAGUGACGAAUAAGAAUCGUGAAUAAAUCGUAAAAUCGUUUUUUCCUAACUUGACUAUGAGAAUUGGUAAUUUUAAAACCGGAUCCUAAAAAAUUCCAAUUUUUAAUCAAUGCAUCAAGCUUUUUCUUAUAAUUUGGCUGAGUUAUAUUCAUUUCGAUAUUACAUUACUCAUAUUUUUUUUGUAUUUUUAAGCCACUGAAGGAGAUUUGACCCCUAACCCCUCUCCCCCUGUGCACGCAACUGGGUGUCCAGUUGUAGAAGCUUUUAUUAUUAUUUUUUUUAUUUUUUUUAAUUUACUAUAAGGUGUGACUUAAUACGGGCAUGUAUAGUAUAAGUAGUAAAUAUACUUACCUAUAUGAAUCACGUUCGCAUUGUGAUCGUGUAAGAAAACGUAUCAGCUACCCUGUAUCAUCAUUUGUCAGGCCUGCUUAUAGAAUUAUCAAUGUAAUAUAUAUUAUAUUCGGUACAAAUUGUUAAGGACUAACCCCUCCCCAUUGUUUAUAUAUGGUCGUGUCGUAGUCGUGCACUCGCGGUAUUCCAUUGCACGGGACAAUGAACAUAUCUACUUUCGCGUACAUCCGGCAUUCCGGCGCGCUAUUGCAGUUCUUGCGCUAGCGUGCGUCAGUAUAAUAUUGUAAGCAGCAGCCGAAAUAUUAUUUCACUAUUACUUUUAUCCUCGCGGGCAUAAUAAUACGAACGCGUGUUGGAACAGAAAACAAUAAUGCCAUUGAUAUUCAUAAAUAAAUGAUCAUACUAAAAAACGGGUAAUAUUAUUCAAUAAUAAAUUAGUGAUCUGUUCGCGUACCCAUACCAUCUAUCAAUGGUAAGUGCGGUUGUGUUGUUGGGAGAAAAAAAAAUAUUAAUGAAAAAAAUACGCAACGGUAGGUAAUAAUCGAAUAGGCGAGUCGAAGUGACACCACUAUAAUAAAAAUAUAGUGGUAAAUGUACGGUGGGGAUUCAGUCUUUUUGUGGUCGUGGCUGUCCGCCGCCGUGUCGUGGUAGUCCGUCGCAGCACCGCCGCCGCCUCGAAUCGUGUAUCUUUUACCUCUACCUCCGGUGCCCAAUUACACGAUUUCUGUUUCGGUUUUACUUUUUCAGUCGCCUCGCGAUUGCGUGCGCAACAGUUGUCACGACGACCUUUUCGCUGAUAGUCUGUUAUCAUUAUCAUCGUACGCGUUUUUUUUUUUUUUAUCAAUUUUUCAGUUCUAAACAAAUAUUGUGAUCAAUUUGAAUUCGAAACGGUUUUUUUCACGGCUUUUACGUUAUUGUGUGUUCUUGUGUAAACAUUUUCAUUCCGUCUAAAAUUUUAUUUGCAAUACCUAUUCGUUUCCGUGCGAUCCGCGCGUGUUUUUAAUUUAGUGAAAUUUUGUGCAAAAAUGCAUUUUUUUUCAUGCUAAGUAGGUCGCUCAAUAUCUUUUUUUUCUCUUCGAAGCAUACCAAUAGUAUUCAACAUUGCGAGGAAGAGAACAAAUUACUAUACGAUUUUUUUUUUUGAACGUGCGUCAUCGUGUCUUCAAUUCAAUAAUAAUAUAGGAGAGUGGACCAUAAAUUGAUUUUGGUGAGUAUCAUACAUUCAGACCUAACCAUUUUUAAUUAUAACUAAAAUUAUUAUUAUUUAGGUACCUAACUAUAUGUUAAUACAUCUGCAAGUCUCUCUAGUUUGAAAAUAGAUUUAAUUGCCUAUAGGUUUUACUAUUUAAAGGAUCUAUUUAUAUUUGUUUAAGUCAAUGCUGAAAAUUGGAUAAUAUCAAAUUUUCGUUAAGUAGAUGCUCUUUUAUGCUGUUAAUUUUAAAUUUUAGAAUGAAUAUUAUCAAACUCAAAGGUAAGAAUAUUAUCUGUUGAUUUUUAUUUUAGUAGAUAUCUUAAAUUUUAAAUGUGAUAAGAGCACAUGAAAUUUUACAAUUUAAAAAUCAUUAUGUUUUACUUUAUAAUAAAAAUAUGGAAAAAAAAAACAUGCAAACACAAUGUUCCUACUUUUAAGUUUAAAAAUAAUCCAAUUCACUCUAAUAUUAAAACUAACAAAUCAAAAAUGGUUUCAACAGAUGACAAUUUGAAUUUCAAUAUUAGCUGUAAUUAUAAGUAUCUUAUGAAAUUAUUCAAUCUACGGUUAAAUCUAUUUAAAUAUUUUAGGCAAUUAAAUCAUCUACUUAGGUUACCUACCUAGAAUUUUAUUAUUUUUAAAUAUUUUAACAUAUAUUGUUUAAUUAAAUUGUUUUAAUAUAUGUUUAAUUUAAUACUUUUGCAUUGUACUUUAUUUAAAUUCAUUUUUGAAAAUACUUUUAACAUAAUUCAGGUUCUAGAGCUUGAAUAAAUACUUAAUUAUUUGGUACCUAUGUUUCUGCAAUGUGUAGGCACAUAUUUACUAAACACAAAUAAAUUUCUUAUUGAAACGCAAGUUAAAUAUCAUUAAAACUACCUAAUUUUAUUUAUUUACUCAAAUGCAAUAAGCUAAUAUAAUAUUAUCACUACAACUAUUUAUUUUUUUUAUAUAGGUACUUCCCUAUAAUUAUCGUAUUGUUAUUCUGUACUUAUAAUUAACCAAAUUGUACAAAUAGUGAAUACAUUAUUUUAAUGGUAAAACGCACUUCAAUACAUGCAUAUAUAUAUAUAUAUAUAUAUAUAUUCAUAUAUAUGUGGACAAUAUAUUUAAACAAAAGGAAUAAGUAACAUUUUGAACUUAUUUAUUUAAGUCUAUUUCGUGAAACGUCUUGCAUAGUUUAAGUUUUUCCGUAAAACUUUAAUUUAAUUUUUACUUUUUUAAUUAUUAUGUACUAUUUUAUUAACACAAAUAUAAUGUUUGAAUAUUGUUUUUUAUUAAUUUUGUAAUUUAUACAAUUAUAAUUGCAAAGCAUUUUAUUGGAAUAUCAAUUCUAGUAGUUAGCCACAAAUAAUUUAAAAUUAAUAUUUCUUUAUUAUCUAUAAGAAUCAAUGUUAAUUGGUUACAUUAUCUUUUUAAGAUUGUUUAAGAAUUAAAUAAAAGUAAUGUUAAGUUUAAUAUUACAUGCCUACGUGUAAUAUUAGUAAACAGGUAGUAUAGUAUAUUAUGAACAAGAGCUGUAUUGGUGCACCAAUAUAUUAUGAAUUUAAAAUUUAUAUUCAAGUAGUAGGUGUCUAUUUAAUUUUUUCAAAACGCAAUGAUGUCUAUAUAUAUUGACAUAUUGUAUUACAAUAUGUACAUUUAUUUACAAUAAACACAUGUGACAAAGUAUAGAUAAUGGAUUAUGAACCUUAAACAUUGAUAAAUAAGAAUUAUCACCUAGCACCAACGUUUUUAUAUACCUAUUAAUAUAGUUAGGUAUAUUUAAUUUGGGUAAUUUUGCUUUAUGCUAAAUUUCGACACCAGUUUUCAAAAUUUAACAUAAGAAAAUCAAAAUAUUUUCCCUCUAGUGUCUUUAAAUUUAACCUAGGUAAACAAUUCUAGUGAUUACUUUUUAACUUCACAAUAUUGAAUUCAGUUAGACAAUAAAAUAUGAACUGUUUUAAGUGACAUUGAUUACCUCAAAAAAAAAAAAAAAAAAUUAUGACCAAAUUUCACGGUGCUGUUAAUAAUUGCAAAUAUAUAUAUAUUUAUGUCAGUUUCUAUAAUAAUAUUAUAGAAAAUAUCUUAUUUUAUAUAAUCUAAAAUGAAAUAACUAGUAUAUUGUUAUAAACAGUUUCUAAUUCAUAAGUAGCGUUUAAACAUAAUAUAGUAACAACCAUAUAACGUUUAUCAUAAUAAAAAAAAAUGUUUUGUAUAUUUUUUACCAGUUUUUGUUAAACAUGAUUGCAUUAAAACUGUAUUUUAAAAGAAUGAUGACUAAUUUAAGGAUGACCCAAAUAUGUAGGUGGUAAUGAUUUCAGCAUUUAAUUUUUAAAUAUUUUCUCAAUUUCUUAAACAUAUAGGAAAUAUUAUCCAUUUAUGGAAGUUAUAAAAAAUCAAUUUUCUCAAUUUAUGUUAUUCGUAUAAAAUUAGAAGGAUUAGGUAAAUACUAUAGUAGUUAUUUAAAUAAUAAUAAAUUGCUAAAAUUUAUAUAAAAGUAAAUAUACAAAUUAGAUUUUUAGAUGGAUUGUUUUAUUUUAAUGUUUAAAAAGUUAUUAGUUAAAAUAAUUUAUUAGUAUAAGUGAGAUAUUAUGUUUAUUGUUCUAUUGUUAAAACUUAAAAUCAUAAUACCUAGUUUUUUUUUAACAAAAAUAAUCAUAUUUUGAAUAUUUUAUUAAAUUUAAAUAUAAUUGGCUGAAGUAUAGUUUUGAGGUAAAUAUAUAAUAUAUUUAUGGUUACAACUAAUAAUGUUUUCCAAAUUAAAUUGUUACUUUGAAUAUAUAUUAAACAUAAUAUAAUUAUGUAUACGAUUCUAUUUCCCAGUAAAAAUUAAACAGUUAAAUUACAAAAUUUAAACAUCUUAUAAUUGAAAAAUACUGCCUGUAUAUUAUAAUUUUUAAGGUAUAAUUUGAUGACAAUCUUACAUAGGUACCUAUCUACCUAAAUAUUAUAAUAUUUUAUAGUAUCUAUAUUAUAAUAUGAAUACAAAUACUUUAUUAUGAUUUUACUUUAUGUAAAUACUUUUGUAAUUUUUAAAAUAGAUACUACUAGUUUGUUUAUUUUUAUUGUAGGUAUGUAAUAAUAAAAUCACAAUUCAACUAAUAAAAUAAAUGAGAAAAUACCAAAGUCUAUAUUAUUAUUUUCUUUAUUAUUAAAGAAUAUAAUGAAAAUUUACAAAUUUAAUUGAAGAGUUUUUAUAAAAUAUAAAAUUGUGAAGUAUACAGAAUAAUAAAUAACCUAAAUUUAUAAAAAAAUGAUAGAAACUAAUGUUUUAUUCAAAUAUCAGGAAACAUAAAAUGUUAUAUAGGUCUUGUAUUAUAUUUUAUUGGAGCAUUAAGAUUCAAAAACUGUAAUUUAUUGAAUAGUAUUGGUAUUGUUUGUCUAAUAAAUGUGACAGAUUCUACAGCUGAUAUUUGUAUAAAAUAAUUAUAAAAGGUGCCUACAUUUGGAGAGCCACAAUAGAUGUGAUAAAAAUAAAUACAAUUUAGUAACUAUUUAAUUGUAAAUAAAACUACAAUAGAAUUGAUUUUUCUUCGAGUUGAUUAAAAUUAUAUUUCAGUGAUUAGGCUACCAAAUUUUUCUGUUUUUAUAUUUAGGUUACCAAUGUUGCACAUGUUUGAAUUAAGAGAGUAUGUAUUUAGGAAUUGUGUAGCCUGCAAUUUUGAUUAGAAUUGAGAAAAUUGCAAAAGUUCAAUGAUUUGAUUAAUAAGUUGGCAUUUCUAAAGUAAAAUAAGAUAUAGCUGAAAAUAGAGUCAGUAUCAAGUCGUAAAUAAAUUAUAGGUUUUACAUUUGUAAUUAUACUAAUAUUUGUAGCUUUAUUAUUUUAAAAAAAUACUUGUAGUGUAUUUAACAUUUUAACAAACUCUUAAAUAAUUGUCUUAAUAUUAUAAGUAGUUACAGGUACCUAUAGUUACUAGACAAUCUCCUAGACCUUGAUAAUGAAAGACAUUGCUAUUGAAGUGUGAGAAGAUAUGUUAAAAUAUUUACUCAUUUAGCAUUAUAAUUAUUGCCUAUUGUUUAUCAUUAAAAUCUAGUUACCUAUAGGCGGAAAGUAUUUGAAAUAAUGUAUUAAAUUACCAUAAUCAACAAUUAGUAUUAUAAUUUAUAAGUAUUAUGUGUAGAAAACAGAACCUUGGUAAAUGAAUUAAGUAUUAAAUAAUAUUAAAACUUAUGAAUUGGAAUUUAAUUAGAAAACAAUUAGUCUGUCUUAUAAAUAUUACUAAAAAAGUGUUUGGGUAUUUGAUUUUAUCAUCAUGUCAUCUUCAUACAAUUGAGUUAUUAAAAAAAUAAUACAUAAUAAUAUAUCUUGCAAUAGCAUUAAACUUCGAAUAACUUAAAAUAAUAUUUAUAUUUUAGUGUGACUUAAAUAUAAUUGAUAAAGCUCGGCGGCCAGUUAGUUGGGUGUACAAAUGGAUUAUCCAAAUAUUCAACAUUCACACGAGGUGCCAAAAUUUAGAAGUACCUCUUAAAUAUAUAUUUGUAUUCAUAAAUAAAAUACAGCAUGUAAAUACAAAUUGUGAAUUAGUCAACAUUUAUAUUCAAAUAUAAGUUUUUAUGAAGGGUUAUAACUUUAAAUUCUGAACAAAGCUGCUAAGCUAUUCAUUUUAUAAUAAGAUGUAUGUGGUCUUUUGUGUAUCAACUUGAAUUAUAAUUUGAAGUUUUAAUAAUAAUUAAGUGUUUAAAAAGUUUUAAAAAGCAAUGAUAAAAAAAUUAAACGUAAAUGAUAUGUUGGUACCUACUAAUUUUUUUUUUUUUAUGGUACUACCUAUAAAUUGUCUUAUUUACAAAAAAAAAGUGCAGAUUAAUAUAAUAAUUAUUAUUUAUUUUAAAUUUAUAUGUAAUGAUUUUUAAGUACUAUAUGAUUUAACUAUUCUGUGCCAAGAUAAAUUAAGCAACCCCUAUUUUUAUAUUUGUUUUAUUAACAUUAAUUAUUUUGUAAAUAUAAAUUAUUUAUCACUACAUUAAAAUACAAAAUUAUUAUUACUAUAAUUUAAUUGUUAAAACAAGCAUACCAACGCAAUAAAUAUAAAUAAUCGUAGAAUAAUUUAACAUCCAUUACAUUACCAGUUUAGCUAAUGUUUUUACAACCUUCCUCCCUUCUUCUUCCUCCCCCCGAUUUUUUACAUUGUGUUGCAGUAAUUUUGUAUACAAGUUAUAAGAUAACAAAGUUGAUAACAGAUGAAUUUUGUAUUUAAUUAUUUGUAAAUACAAUAAUAUUAUACAGUAGAUAUAACAAAUGAUUUAAAACUUCAAUACGAUAUAACUAGCCAUUGCUGUGUUGGUAUGACGUGGCGAGAAAGUGACCAACAUAUAGUUGUAUUUUAUUCGCAAAAUAUACAACGGUAUUCCAUAUAUUAAAUUUUAUUAUUAUGCAAUGCAUUUCUAUUGAUCACGUGUUUUAUUUGAAAGCAUUUUAAUUAAGUAUUAAUAACUACUGUAAUAUCAUUAUUAAUUUUUACAUGUAGAAAAUUGUACAUAUAUUUCUUUUAGUUGUCAUUAAAUAGUAAGUAAGUAGUUUUUUGUUUAAACAAAAUCAUCUUUUCUAUGCGUAUAGAGAUCUACAAGCAUACGAGUAGGUACUACGUGUGUCCUUUGGAGGUGAACACUGACCUAACAACUUUCACAGUAGCAAACCCUUCUCUCGCAAACACGUGAUGAAACUAUGUCAUCAAUAAACGCAUUACACAUUUACACGUAUUUAUUUAAUAUUUUGUAUUAAUUAUAGAUUAAAAAUUAUUAUAAGCUUAAAAAAAUCGAUUUACUCAUGUCCAUUUUCGUUUAAAUUUGAUUUCAAAACGCUUAUUAAAAAAAAAAAAGCUGUCCGAUGAUUUUGAAUAUUUUAUCACAUUUAGGUAAGUUUAAUAUAAGUAUUAUUAUGAACAUUCAAGUCUACGUGUAUUUAUAACCGAAUUACAAAAAAAACUCCAAAAAAUUAAAAUUCCUUAAAAGCUCAAAAGUUUUGGCUAUGAUACCUUAAGAAAGUAAACCAAAAAGGCAACAAAAAAGGCUUUCACUAUCCAGUGAAGAUAUUAUGUUAGUCGUCUAGUCAGUUCCUAGUUGGAAUAUCCAAUUUUUUUUUUUUGCAAAACAUCGGCGCUUGAAUGACUCAUAUUUGAAUAAUAAUUUAUUAAAUUUAACUUAUUGAAAUAAUAAUGUGCAUACAUGUAAGGUCUACAUGAAGUAAUCUGAUUAAAAUUAGAUUUAUAAAAUUGCAUAUUUAGGGAAUAGAUAUAUAAUUAAAUGCAUAUUUUUGAUAAAAUAAAUUAUUUAAAGUUUAAUAAGAAUAUUUAUGAUUUAAAAUAUCAUUCUUAUUAAAAUUACGCCAAUUUUAUUUUACAUAUUUUAGUGUUUCGUCAUUUAUAUGUGUUUAAAUCAUGUCUCAGUGAAUUAAAACAUCCAUCUAUUGGUAUGUUUCUAUUUUAUUAUUUUUUCGUUAAUUAUAAUAAUUAUUUAAUGUAAUUCAUAAUUCGAAUUAGAACUUGCCCAAAAUUAAAGUUUCCCGACUAUUAUAAUUCUUCUUUUGUUUUAUAUUCAUAAUUUUUCAUAAUUAUAUUUAAUGUAUUUUCCGUACAUUUAUUAUUCUUAUUUCUCUCAUAUUAUAAUAUUUUUACAUAAUAUAUUUUAUAAAUUAUAUUUCCGUAUUUACAUAUCUAUUUAUUUUGUAUUUUAAUUACAUUUACGUCCUAAUUAUUAUGUAUCAUUGUAUGUAAAUUUGUAUUAACAUUUUUUUUUUUGGUAAACAUUUUAUAAUUUCCUAUCAAAUAAAUCUCUUGAUAUUAUAUAGUUAGACCUAGUAAAUUUAACCUUCAUAAUUAAAUUUUAAACAGUACUUGUAUUAUCAUUUAUCCAUUUUAAUAUUAUUUUUGUAUUAUUCUAUUGAACAUAAUAUAGGAAAUCCAAAAUACAAAUAAAUUUAUUUGGGUAAUAAAUGUGCAUUUGUAUUUAUUAUUAAAAAUGUUGUAUUUUUACUUCAGUAUAAAUGUUGAGUUGUUGAAUAUGUAAACAUUUUUCUAUUUUUUAUUGAUUUUUCCGAUUUUUGUUAUUUAUUGUUUAUCAUUUCCAUAAUUUUACACUAACUACUUUUUAUAAGUAGUUAUUAGUUAUUACUAAAGAACGAAUUUAUAUGUAAAUGCAUAUUUUUAUUAGAACAAGAUAUUUAAGAUUUGAUAAGAAAUAUCCAUGGUUUAAAUCAUUCUUAUUAAAAUGACGUCAAUUUUAUUUUACAUGUUUUUAUAUAUUUCUUUAAUUUGUAAAUAUUUUAUAAUUUUAUCAUUCAUACGUUUUAAAACCAUGUUGCAGUGAACGAAAACAGCCAUUUAACGGUAUAUUGUCGAUUUAUAUUUUUAGUCAUUAUCUUGCACAUGCUUUCCGGUCUUCUUUCCAUGUAUAAUUGUGUACAUUGUGUAUUUAAUCAUAGACCUAUAAAUAUUUAAACAUACAAACUAUAUAUUAUCAGGUCUAUGUAUUUAAUAUAGUAUAUUAUAUACAUUUAUAUACGAUUGACAAUGGAUGAUAUGCAAUAGCAAUAGGUCUUUUAGUUACCAGUUAGUGUUUGGCUGUAAUUGUACGUACCUACACACAUUUUAACACACAAUUUUUAUUCUAAUUGAUAUAAUAUUUUUGACAUUGAUACUUCAAAAUGCUAAAAAUAAGUAAGACCAUUACAUCCUAAGUUUCUCAAUAAGUUAAUGAAUUUCCGUUGGUAGCUGCUCAAUAUAUAAUAUAAAAUUGUUUUGUAAUAUAAAACAAGAAAUUAUUUCAAAAUUAGAUCCAAACAUUUCUAUGGUGAUUGGAAAAGCUCAAAAUAUUAAACAAAAUAAAACAUUGAAAAAUAAUUUAAUUUUCAUUUCAUCGAAUUUUAAUUUUAUUGCACGUACAAUUAUAAAAUUAGAAACAAAAAAUAUGUUCUUAAAUGAAAGUAUGCAAAUUGUCGAAUCAGCGAUAGAAAAAUUAAAACUCGUAAGCGGACAAAUAGGAGAUGUUGUAAAUAAGAAAAUGCAUGCUGUUACAGAAAAAAAAUACAGGCUAUAUUGUUUUUAAAACAAUAAAUGAAAUUGAUGACAAACACCCUUCUAAAAAUUUGGAAUUAUUGCCUUCAGAUAUUACGUGCUCCAAUUACAUCGGUUGAUGUGAAACAAUCGUUUAGUCGUUUUAAAAAUAUUUUAAGACUUAAUAAAGAAUAGGUGACAUUUAACAUUCAAUAAUUUAAAAGAAAUUGUAUUAUGUAUUGUUAUUAUUAUAGUGUUGAUAUUAAGAAUCAAUAAAAAUAUUGAUAGUUAUAUUUUUCCGCCGCCCACUAUAAAGCUCGUUUAACCACAUACGAGGUUACUAUGUUGUGGUAUAUUAUAUUUUAUUUUAACUUGGCUUGCAGGUUGCUUGAUCUAAUGCACUUAAAACUUUACAUUUAAUCAAUUUUUGUAAUGUUACAACAUACUUCAUUUGAAAUUAUAUAAUAAUUAUAUUAAUUUAAUUCCAUUAUGUUGUUGAAUUCAGUAUUUAAAUCAAUUAAUUUAUAAAAAUGUUAUCUAAAUAAAAAAUUCAAUUCAGAGACUUAACAUUUAGGACUAGGAAAAAUAUAAAUGUACAUAGUAAAUUAUAUAAAUUGGAAUCAUAUGAACGUAUUAUGUAAAUAAGGUAGUUAGAGGUAUAUUUAUUAUUUUGAUCUGUUAAUGACAGUUUAAAUUAUUUGUAAUUAUUGUGAUCUUUACUUUUUUGAAUGCAAUUUUACUUUUGUGUAUUAAAUGAUUAUAUAAUUAUGUAGAUUUAAUAACAAAAAACUCCAUACAUGUAAAAUAAAGUACACAUUUUAGUUUUUGAUAAAUAAAUGUUGAAUAAUCGUGUCAAGUGGUACGUAAAAAAUGUCAAAAUGUUUUAAUGAUACGUGGAUAUGAAAAGGUAGAGAACCGCUGCCCUAUACAAUGAAUAAUAUAUGACGGAAAAUGAAUAAAUACUAAUCAUAUUUUGCCCAAUUUUGUAGAAAGUGAAGAUUAGUUCCGGAAUUUAUGUUUUCCCUUUCAUUGCAUGCGAUUCAAUAAUUAUAGAAAUACAAUCGAAUUUGCUUAUAACGAUGCUGGUUACAACGAUAAUCAGGAAAUAGCAAUGUCAUUUUGAAAUUAAAACCGGUCCUCACGUUCGCCAAUAACGAUUUCAUGUGAUUAUCAAUUUUUUUUUUUAUAACAUUCCGAUUCUUUAAAUCUUUUGAAGACUGUUAUAAACGAAAUAUGUAUUCUAAAGUACUUAUAUUCACUUUCAUUCUAUAUUUUAUAGUCAUAUCAGUUUAAGCUACAAAAAAUGCUGUGCCGUACGCGAUACUAUAUCGCUGUAAUAAUAACCAGGGCUCAUAACGUUAACCAUUUGCAUUUUUUUUUUGAGCGAUCUUAGAGAUACUUUUGUGAGCUAUAAGUUUGGUAUGGAAAAUAAUUUUAAGUUCCAGUUUAAGCUAAGUAUACGUAGCUCUCAGUAGUCCGAUCUAUUUAAGAAUAUUGCCGACCGUACUAAUGAACAGUAUAAUUAUAGAAAUUAAUCGUUUUACUAUAUUUUUUUUUUAACAUGUACCAAGUGCAUAAAAUGUAUCAAGUGUAGUAUAUUUACUGAAAGGAAAUUUAACCUAAUUGGUACUUUAUAGAGAUUAUUUUUUGACUUUCAAGGGGUUUUCAAAAUAAUUGGGAAAACCCGGAAACAAAAUAAGAUUUAUGUAAAAUGACAAAUAUUAAAGGCACACCGUAGAUUUACCGAUUUCAUUAUUUUUAAUUUUUGUGAACUAAUGUUUUUUACUAAAAAUAUUACUUUAAUCGAUCUUCUUUGUAGCAUUUUUGAUCUAUCUAGUUGCAUACGAAGAAAGUUUUUUUUUUAUUUUGCCUGUAGUUAUUGAGCAAAACCGAAAGAACCGGGAAAUUAACAAAAAUAAUGCUUUUAUUUUCAAAUUUAUAUUUUGUUAUAAUUCAGUUAAAAUAUUUAUAGACAUUUAAAUUUUGCGAGAGUUUUACGUAAUUUUUAUUUGGUAGGUACUCUAUGGAUGGAAUUGUUUGACUAAACAGAAAUAUUUCAAAAUAUACAGGAGAUUCACUAAAAGUUGUACUGUGAUCAAAAAAAAAGUUGAUUGUAAUGUAUUUAUUUUUUUUUCUUUUUAAGUUUUAAUAUGUGUUUUGAAAACAUGUACAGUGUGAUUUUUUUAUCAUGAACCAGCAAUUUUCUUGGAGGAUUUUUAGAGAAUUUGUUAUCUGCUUUUUUUUUUUUUUUUAAUCAUUGUAGAAUCGUUUCAGCUUUAUUUUAACGCCAUUUUUAAUUUUUACCCCCUCUCCAUAUACCUUAAAUAAGCCUAAAAGUACUUUUGUUUUCAACUUCCCUUUUCAAACAGAUUUGAAUAGAGAAUAAUUUUCUUGAAAUUUUAAUACGUAUAACACUAAUAUCAGAUUUACUAUUCAUGAGUUAUAACCAUUUAAAGUUUAGAUCAGGUGAAUAAGAAAAGGUUUUAAAGGUAAUAAGUUACAUAUCUAUUUUCAAAUGAAAUUGAAAAAAAAUUUUAAUUUUUAACUUACCUACUCCUAGGGUCUAAACUUUAAACGGUUAUAACCUAUGAACGGUAAAUCUGAUAUAAAUGGUAUGCAUAUUAAACUUUCUAGAAAAAUAUUCUUCAUUUGAAUUUGUAUUCAAAAAAUGGAGGGUGUUCCUAUUUGAAUAACAAAAGUAUAUAAAUAUAUAUUUUUGUUCUGGUACAUAGAGUGGAGUAAAAAGUUAAAAAUUGUUUAAAAAUAAAGCUUAAAUGAUUCAACAAUGAUAUAUAAAAAAGAAAAACAUAACAAAUUCACUUAUAAUCCCUCAAGAAAAUUGUAGGUUCAUGAAAAAAAUCACUCUAUAUACAGAGUGAUUUUUUAACCCGACUUCGCUCCGAAUCGUUUUUGUGUCCGAAUGGUUUAUUAUUGCUUAUAGUUAUAAAUUAAAUUACUGUAUGUAUCAUACCUUCCUAAUUAACCAACUUACAAUAGUGGCACACCCUCCCCUAGUAUCAGCUCUUUUUUUUUAAUUUUGCUAAAGUUGUAAAAUUUAAUAUUGUUCUAGAUGCAGUCGUUUCAGAGGAUGUAG